AUGUCUAAAAAUUGUUCUUCGUAUAAUCAGAAUAUUACUUCUAUUGAGGAUAAUCGUGAAAAACUUGCUGAUGAGCGAGCAGCUAUCCAAAAAAAGACUUUUACUAAAUGGGUUAAUAGUCAUCUUAAUAAGAAUGGUUAUAGUAUUGAAAAUUUGUUUAUGGAUCUUAGAGAUGGUAUACAUUUAGCACAUUUAAUAGAUAUUUUAACAAAUUCAUCAUUACUUAAAUCAACAGGGAGGACACCUUUCCAUGCAUUACAAAAUAUUACAGGAUGUUUAGAACACCUUAAAAAUUAUGGUGUAAAACUUGUUAAUAUUCGUACUGAAGAUAUACAUGAAGGAAAUCCAAAAUUAACUUUAGGUCUUAUUUGGACAUUAAUUCUUCAUUUUGAAUUAUCAUUUAUUAAAACAAAAAUAGAUCAAACAUCUUGUAUUGAUAAAAUUAAAUCAAAAAAUAAUGAUUCAAAAGUAGAUAAUAAUAAUCAGUUAGACAAAGAGAAUAUAUCCAAUACAAAUAAUGACAAAGAAGCUAUUACAGUUCGGGGUGCUUUAUUAAGGUGGGCACAACAAUCUCUUGGUGAUUAUAGUAAAUUAAUUCCUGUGAUUAAUUUUACCUCAUCAUGGAAAGAUGGUAAAGCAUUUUGUGGAAUUAUAUCAAAUCAAAAUUCUAAAGCACUUCCAAAAGAUUUAUGGUUUAAUGAUAAUUUUACUUCUAAACAAAGAUUAAAGUUAGCAUUUGAUACUGCUAAUAAAUUAUAUAAUGUUCCAUGCCUUCUUGAUCCAGAGGAUGUUGAUUGUGAAAACCCUGAUGAUAAAAGUAUUAUUACAUACUUAUCUUUGUUAUGUCAUAAUCUUUCAUUUAAAACCACAGAAGAUUUUUCUACUAUUGAUGAUAAAACUAAGGAUAAAACAAAUAAAUAUACAGAUGAAUUCUUCAACAUUGUUAAUUCUUUUAAAGAUAAACCAUCAACAAUUAAAACAGACUUAUUGAAAAAUGAAUUGGAUGAGCAUACUAAAUUACUUGAGACAAUGGAAUCUAAGAAACAAGAGUUUGUCUUAAAUGUAUUAUCAUAUGAUGAGGAGAAUGUUUCUCCAGAAACAAGUGAACAUAUUAAAAAAGCCAAUGAUUUUAUUGAAAAGUCAUUUGAUUUUGCAAAGACUAGACUUUAUGAACUUCAAGAAGCUUUUGAAUUAUGUGAUACUUUAAAUGAAAAUACAAAAUCUCUAAAUGAAUGGUUUGAUUCUUUUUUAAAAAGUAUGAAUGAAUUGAAAGAAUCUAUUCCAGAUUGUAGUACUCAAGAUAUUGAUGUAUAUGCAAAAGAAUUAGAAAAUCAUUGUGAAAAUAUAAAACGUCAAUCAGAUUUUUGGAACGCUGUUAUGGAACGUGUUGAUAAAUUUUUUGAAGAUCAUGAUAAUCAAAAUAUGCUUUCUGAAAUAAAUUGUACACGAAGUAAUUUAAAUAAGCGAUUUGAGGAUGCUUGGGAAAUUUUAAAUAAACUUGCAGAAGAAUUUGAUGAAAAAAAAGUUGAACAACUUCAUGAAAGUUUUGGUGUUGUUGAUGUAUCUUCUGAUAAUAGAGAUACAGAGGAUGUCAAAAUAUUCAAUGAAAAAGUUAAUCAAAUGAAUUUUUAUAUAAUGGAACUUGAAACAAUUAUGAAUCGUUUACAACCUAUUGUAGGAAUUUCUCUUGAUCAAAUGCAAAGUGAAUUGUCAGAGAUAAAUGAUACUUUAGUUGAAAUGGAUGAAAAAACAUUUAUUAUGAAGGAGUUACGUAAACAUUUAGAUGAUAUAAAAAAUAAUGAUAUUAAUCUUAUUCAUAUGUAUGAAGGUCAACUCCUUUUCAAUUUGGAAAGUCGAUGGAAAAAUUUAACUUCUUUUUUCAAAACCAGAAGCAAUGAAUUAGACAAUGUCCUUCUUAAACGUGGAGAUUUUAUUCAAGUUAUUAAUGAAACUAUAAACUGGAUAGAUAGUAUUCAGAAAUGUAUUGACGAGGAGGAUGUUAAGUAUGCUGAUGUUAAAAUUAUAGAUCUCGAAAUUUGCAGACUUAAUGUUCUUGAAGAUGAUAUAAAAAGUCAUGGAGAGUCAAUUGAUGAAAUUAAAAAAUCUCUCCCAAGUCAAAUGUACUUAAUAAAUGAAGUAGUGAAAAUAGUAACUGAAAUGUCAGAUAAAUAUAAUAAUUUAAAAACUUCAUGGAAUAACAAAUAUCAUGAAUUAGAAUUUAUGAAGGAAGAAGCAUUAUCAAUAUUAAAGAUGUUUGAGGAUAUCAAAAAAGAACUUCUUAAGUUUGAACAAAAGUUAAUGUUACCACAGCCUUUACCUGCAAUGGAAAAAAAUGUUAUAUUGGAAAAAAAGAAAUUUGACCAAUUGUAUGACGAAUUUAAUGAAUAUAAAAAGAUAAGUACUAUAAAAGAGAGUUUAGAAAAAAGUGAAACGGAUCCAAGAGCUUGGUAUAAAAAUAAUGUGUCGUUGUUAAAUGAACAAAUUACUAAAUUGGAAAAAGAUUUUGAAGAAAAAAAAUUGAAACUUGAAAAAGCAUUAGAACACGGAAAAGAAAUAACCAAAACAAUUAAUUCAUUAGAAACUUUUGUAGAAAAUGCAGAAGAUUUUAUUGAGAAUAUAAAUACUGAAUCUCGUUCUCUGCAAAUUUUGUCUCAGGAGUUAACUUUAUUUGAUGAAUUUUUAAAUGACUUAAAUAGUCAUAGAAAAACAUUUAAAUAUUUAGAAAAAUUGGCUGAAGAUGCCAUUGCAAUUUGUGAUAAAAAGGAUGCUAUUACUUUAAAAAAUGAUAUUGUUAAAAUAGGUCGUAAAAUGGAAAAGAUUGAGAAAAAAAAGCAAGAAAAGUAUGGAAUUUUAAAGACAAAACAAACUGAUAUCACUAGUUUCUAUGAUAGUCUUUCAUAUGAAGUUGGUUGGAUUGGAGAUACAAUGGUUACCCUUAGUAAUAUUUCUUUGGUUGGAAAAGAUUCAAAUGAAAUUAAGGAUCUUGUUGAAAAAUGCAAAGCAUUUCGUAUGGAAAUAAAAAACCACAGUGAUUUGAUAAAUAAAUUACACAAUAAAGGAUUGGAAUUAGAGUCAGAAGCUUUAACUAAUGAAAAAAAAAGUUAUAGAAAUGAUGUCGAUAAAUUAUUUUCUUUGUGGGAUGAAUUAAAAGAAUUAGCAGACAAAAAAUAUCAAGAAUUACAAGAAAUUCUAAAUAAGAAAGAAGAAUAUAAUAAUAAAAUUAACAACUAUCUAAUGUGGUGUGAAAACUAUAUAAAAUUAUUGGAGAACGAUAUUAAUGAGGGUAAUUUUCUAGGAGAUAUCGAAAGUAUUUUAGAAUUAGAAAAAGAACAUGCAUUUUUACAAUCUGACUUUAAAACACAUGAAUCUUUUAUUGAGGAUGAAUUAAUUAAUCUAAAAAAUACUCCUAAUGAUAUAAAACUUUUGCAGUUAGAUGAAAACUGGAAAAAAUUGAAAUGUUUAAUUUCUAAUAAAGAAAAUGAAUUAAUGUAUGCUAAAGAAAAAGCCUUCUUACUUGAUGAAAAAAGUAAAAAUCUUCAUAAAUUUCUUAACGAUGCAAAUGACAAAAUAUCAUCACUAAACAAACAUACAGAUAAUAUUAUGAAAGAACAAAUUGAAGUUUUUAAAAUUUUGGGAACUCAAAUUAAUGAAAAAAAGGAAGAUUUUAAUGAAAUCAAUAAUACUAUAAAAGAAUACCUUCCAAAAGCAUCGUUGACAGGUAAAAAAAAUUUAACUAAAAUGUUGGAAGAUCUUUCAUAUAAAUGGAAUGAUACAAUAUUGAAGAAAGAUGAGAAACAAUGUAUUUGUGAAUCAGAAUUAGAAACAUUUGAAGAACUCAAAAAAUCAAUAAAUGAUAAUAGAAAGAUGGUUGAUGAGUAUGUUGUUGAGUUAAACAAACUUGAUAAUCCUAAAAAUAUAACAUUUAUUGAUGAUCAUGAAUUUGCUUAUCAACAAUACCUUUUAGUUAAAUCAGACAUGGAAAACCAACGUUGCUUAAUUAAUGGAUUAUUUGAAAAAAUUGAUAAUGUUACCGAUAGUUGUAUUGGAAAAGAAUUUUUAAUUGAAGAAAAAAAUAAAUUACUAAAAGAAUGGCUUUCCGUCCAACAAAAAUCUUUUGAAUAUGGUGAAGCUUUGUCAAAUGCCAAAAAUGAUAUUAUAGAAUCUAAUAAUCUUUCAAAUUUUACUUUUACCGAAUGGAGAAAUAGAUAUAUAAAGUGGCAUGAUCUUGGUAAACUUCGUAUAAAUGAUUUGUUUAGAAAUUUUGACGAUAAAGGAACAGGGUAUCUUUCUAGAGAAGAAAUUAUUUCACCAUUUUUGUUAUCAAGUUUCCCAACAAAUAAAAAAGAAAUGGAAAAAGUUGCUGAUGUAUUUGAUGAAGGAAAAAACAAGAUAAAUGUAAAAAAAUUUCUACAAGCUUUAAAAGUUCCAUCUGAUAAAACGUCUGCACUUAAAACAGAGAAAGAAAUUAUAGAAAAGGAAAUUAUGAUUCAAUCACAACAAUGUAAAUGUACUGAAAAAUAUAAAAUUAAAAAGAUAUCAACUUCUGAGGAUGGUGUUACAUAUAAUUUUGGUAAUGAUGGUGGUUUUAAAAGAUUUAUAAGAAUUCUUCAAUUUAGUAUUAUGGUUCGUGUCGGAGGUGGUUGGGUAACACUUGAAAAAUUUCUUGAAACACAUGAUCCUUGUAGAAUGGAUCGUAAAACAAAUUUAGAAAUUUAUGGAAUUGGAAAGAAAUUACCUCAUACUGUUGGAAGAAUGGAAAAUUUUCAACAAAAAAGACACAAUUCACAUAGUAUUAUUAGUAGUAGUAACCGAUCAUCAGAUGACAACACUCCAAUUAGACGUCCUCUAUCAAGGCAAAUUUCAAAAAUACCUGUUUUCACGAAAUCUACCAAUUGA